UCAUCAUUGUUAUACACACAUUUCUACUUCUUUGAAGUUUCAAGGUAAGUUCCUUACAUUGAAUUUUCAACGGCAUGAAUUGAAUUGUCACAACCAAAUGAGAAAAAUCUUUGGCCCAACCAAUAAAUUUCUAGCUCCCCUUUGAUCCGUCUUAAUCACUAACUCCUCAUUCCCUCUCUAUAUAAACCAUCAUUAAUACAAAUAAUUAACUCCAAAAACAAAAGUUGCUUACUUCCAUAGAAUCUUACAAGAAAAAAUAUGGGUAAGGUUGCAUUAUUUGUUUUGAUGGCUUGCAUGAUGAUAGCAAGUUCUCAUGCUAAAGCAACCCUAACAUGUGAGCAAACAACCAUAUACCUAACUCCAUGCAUACCCUAUGGAAUGUUGGGAGGAAGUGUAUCACCCUUGUGUUGCCAAGGUAUUCACUCUAUAAAUGCUGCAUAUAAGAAUGGCGAUGAUAGAAGAGUUGCAUGCCAUUGCAUUCAGGAUACAGCUGCUAAAAUCCCUUUGAUUGAUUAUACAAGAAUUAAUCAAAUUGGUGAACUAUGUGGAUCUAAAUGUCCCUUCAAAGUUUACCCCUCCACUGAUUGCAAUAAGGUGAAGUAAGCAGCAAAGGUUGUAACAUAUAUCUCAAGAGCAAGACUAUUUGUUACUAGUAGAUAGUGCCUGAAGAUUAUUCUAUGAAGCAUAAGAAAUAUUAUCUUUGCUAUAAAAAAUAAAGUGUUUAUACCAAAUAGAGAAAAUAAAAUAAAGUGUACUGAUCGUAUGUAACGAUCUGCCGAAUUUCUGAAAUAAUAUAUAGGCUUAAAUAAGUAAAAUAUCUCUAUAAGUUAGCGUGUUUUUCGUUUUAA